CUCACCGUCACCGGUGCAUCCCGCAAGCCACAAUUGUCCGAUUACAUCCGCCCCAGUUUCUUGUCUUCAGUGGAUCGCCUUCAACAUGUCGUCCCAACUCGUUCUGGGACAUGGCUUCUUCGCUCCGGAGGAUGUACAGCUUGCGAGCCUACUCCCAAACAUCGACGACAUGGACCUCGACUCACUCGAAAGUGUCUUGCCUUUACAAGAGAAAGACUACACGGUGAAGAAGCGGGACGAUCUUGCGGCUACCAUCCAAGCCACAGAUAGGACCAAAUUCGAAGCGUUUCUCGCCCGCAUCUUCAAUUUGAGUUCUGAUCGUUCCAACCACACCAACCUCGACAUCCUUGCGCGGACCGGAAACACCUAUGUCCUAAGAAAGCCGACCAGAUGGUUCAACGAGCUAUGCGGGAAGGACGAGGUACAAAAAUGGCUUCAGGAGCAGAUUGAGUAUGGAAAUCAGGUCUAUUUCGUGAUCGGACUGCACACUGUAUUUGACGCUGCGGUGUCCGAUAACUUAGAACAAACAUCAAAGCUUAGCGGAGACAUUUCGGCAUCUGUUGGUGAUAUUGCCGAUCUACCAGUUUCACCAGCCGUCAAUGUCGGGCUUUCUGCCAGUCAUGAAAGGAAUCAGGGUACCACACAUCGGUGUACCAUGCCCGGGGAGCAGAUAUAUGCAGUACGACUAAAGAAGGUGGUGUAUCGCACUUGGCAAACAAAAGAUGCCAAAAAUGCACGUCUGGCAAAACAUAGCCAUUGGAGAAUGGCCUCCGACAAUAGAAGUUCUGCCGAGGAAAAUUCAGAGAUUGUGGAAGUCUUCCUAGAGGAUUCGGACGAGGGUGAGGAUGACGAAGCGCUUGAUGCUAGUGCAAUGAGCUUCUCUAUCCUUGGUGAAUGAAGGGUAUUGUCCUGGAUCGGGUUCAGUCCAAGACCCUUUCUUCCUGCAGAGUUGAGGUGUAAAGAAUAGAUUCCUUCACGCACCUUGUG